AUGAGUUCCUACUUCGUCAACUCAACUUUUCCCGUGUCUCUUGGCGGGGGACAGGAUUCUUUUCUGAAUCAGUUACCGUUAUAUUCUUCUGGAUAUACCGACACUUUGAGACACUAUCCAAGCGCCACUUUCGGAGCGAGCAAUGUCCAGGAGAAGGUGUACUCCAAUUCAUACUACCAGCAAGCUAGCGGGGUGUUCGGGAGAAGCGGGUCAGGCGCAGCUUGCGAUUACGCGGCGUCCAGCAUCUAUAGAGAGACAGAGCGCUCAUCGUGUCCUCUCGGAGGGUUGGAGGAGUCGUUGGCUCUACCACAGGGGCAUAGCAAGACGGAGGGCUCGGAGCACACUUCAGACACUUAUUCCUACAGCGAAACCAAGCCCUGUGCUCCCGUUUACCCGUGGAUGCAGAGGAUGAACUCGUGUAGCGGCAUUCCUGGAACCACUGGCCGCAGGGGUCGUCAGACAUACACACGAUUUCAGACUCUUGAGUUGGAAAAAGAGUUCCAUUUUAAUAGAUAUUUGACCAGAAGGCGAAGGAUUGAAAUUUCGCAUGCUCUCUGUCUAACAGAGCGACAGAUAAAGAUCUGGUUCCAGAAUCGGAGAAUGAAAUGGAAGAAGGAGAAUAAAGUAAUGAACUCUGAAAAGACCAGCGAAGAGGAGGAUGGUGGGAAGACGGGAUAG